AAGGAAACCAUUAUGUUGUAGCCAAGGAAAAUAAAAUCUCAGUUCAAACUUUCAAAGAAUUCUCGAAUUCUUUCACUUCUCCUCUUUCUCUCUCUCUCUUACUCACAACACUCAAAAAUGAAAAUCUCAAACACAAAUCUCAUCCUCUUCCAUCCCUCGAUCCACAAGCAACCAACCCACACCUCCAUCCCCCGCCACCUAUGGCUCCUCUUCUUCCUCACCUUCUUCACCUUAGCCUUCACCCUCACCCGCCUCACCGCCACCUCCCCGGCCCCCCGCUCCCCCGCCCCGACCACCCUCCCGCCUUCCGUCUCCGCCGCCCUCCUUCACUAUGCCGCCGCCGCUGCCGCUGCCGCUACCGCUCCCAACUCCACCCGUCCCCAUGCCAUGACCCCCAACGAGCUUUCCGCUGUCUCCUCGGCCAUCCUCCGCCACCCCAAGCGUGGCCAGCUCAACCUCCUCAUCUUCGGGAUCGUCCACGAGACCGUCCUCUUCCACGCCCUCAACUUUGGCGGACGCACCGUGGUCCUUGACGAGAACGAGUACGCCGCCACCAAGCUGGAGCAGCAGUUCGAGGGGAUCGAGGCGUACGAUGUCCAGUACAUGACGAGAGUGAGCGAGACGCAGACCCUCCUCCAAGAGGCCCGGGGACUGGCCAAGGCCGACUGCCGGCCCGUCCAGAACCUGCUCUACUCGGAGUGCAGGCUGGCUCUGAACGGGCUGCCCAACCACAUCUACGAGGUCGACUGGGACGCGAUACUGAUCGAUGGGCCGCGGGGACACUUGCCGUCCGCACCGGGGAGGAUGUCAGCAAUUUUCACGGCGGCGGUACUGGCCCGGAGCAAGAAGACCGGCGGUAAGACGACGCACGUGUUUGUUCACGAUUUUGAUCGGGAGGUGGAGAGAGUGAGCGGCGUGGAGUUUCUAUGCCCAGAGAAUUUGGUUGAAACUGUCGAUGGGCUGGCCCAUUUCAUCGUGGAGAGGGCGCCAAAUCAUAGUUCCAGGUUCUGCAGGAAACGCACAUCUUCUUCUUCGUUGCCAUUCUCGGCCUCAUAAGUUGCUGCCCGGCGGCCAUGAUGAGGAAGAUGAUUGAGGAAAGAAGUGUUUCGUGACUAGAUUAGUAGGCAAAUUUGGUAAUGCCCAAUCAAAUUGUAUUUUACUAAACUUACUAUAUAGGUUGAGUGUGCUUAAAAACUGCUGUAAAAAGAUGAUGAGAGGAAUGAAAACUUUGGUCUUUAAAGAUUGGGUUG